UUACUUCGGAUCUAGUUUCCAGGACUUUAUGUUUUCUUUUUGGUAUUUAAAGGCUUCUUUUUUCUUGUUGUUCGAUAUUAGAAAAGGAAGAAGCCUGGAACAUAUGUAUUUAGUAUUUAUGUUUUAUUUUUGUUAAUUUAAACAAACCAAAACUAGUUUACUUUGAAGGUUAAACCACACUUUGUCAACAUUUCCGUCAUUAAACUUUCUCAGUUUACUUUUGUCGUUAAAUGUAAUCUUACAAAACAAAAAUUUAUAAAAAAAGAAAAAAAAAUUCUUUAAGGAGAUACCAACUUUAAAAAAUACAUUACUUCAAGGUACAUAAAGGUCUUUUUCAAACCUGUUAUCCUCACAGAAAUGUGGUUGGUGUUGUUCUUGGUUUUCAUACAUGCAGAAAGAGGUAAAGAGUACUUUCUUAUAAUACAUUGAGUUGUUAUUCUUGUUUCUAAUGAGUGUAUCAUAUCAAACAGGCAGAAUCCCUGGGAGCGACGUUUUUCUACUUUCUAAAUAAUGGAGGCACUAGGAAUACAAGAAUUUAAAAAUGUGAUGCUAACAAUUCUAUGAAGCAUUUUUCAUAACAACGAUAACAUUAUUCUGUUCACAGACUAUUAUAUUUAGGAAAUACAGCUGUUAUCCUAUUAAAAUAUAUUGGAGAAGAUAAUCUACGUUGUGGAUCACAAGAUUCUCCCUGCAAAACGAUAAAAUACGCCAUCGAGCGCGCAAAAACAAAUGACGUCAUCUUUAUUGACAGCGAUGGUGAUCCUAAACUACCUUACAUAUACAAAUUAAAUGAAACAAUUUACAUAACUAAAAAUGUCACUAUAAAAGGAACAAACAGGAAAAGACCAAUCAUAACGACAACAAACUCACUACGCCAUGCGGCUCUUAUCAUCAACUCAUCGAUUGCAUGUUCUGUGGAGAUAAAUUUCAUCUCUUUUAGAGGUGCACAAGCAGACGUUUCAUUUUUAUCAAUAUCGUCUUCUUCUAACGUCAAAAUUAAACAUUGUGAACUUACCAAUGUUAAUGGCGAUGUUUUACAUGUUCCAAGUAUUAAUAACACGGUUAAUAUCCAAGUAUCCCAUUCCUCAAUUUAUGGGAGUCGUAGUGCGUUACGCGCCAUUUUGUCGAGUGACGCCGCAAUCACGUUUGAUACAUGUACAUUUCAAGAAAUGGCUUCCACUUUUGUCAUCGAUUCAACCACAUGUGACAGCAGACACAAAGUUCAAUUUAAUUUUAAAAAUUCAAUGUAUGAAUAUAACAAAGAAUCUUCUGUUAUCAAUGGUUGCGUUAUUGUGAAUGUUUUUAAUUCAGUUUUCCAGCACAAUCACGCUAUCGUAGGCGGCGUGAUUAAGAUAUUAAAGAACGUAAAGGCUAAAGUUUCGCGCUCUCAAUUCAUAAACAACACAGCAAGAACCAAAGGUGGAGCUUUAUUUUUACAGCAAGCAAGAAAUGUAGUAAUCAAGAAUUCUCGAUUUACAAGAAAUACAGCUAAUCGAGGUGGUGCGAUCUUUAGUGAAAAUUCCAGCUUAGGUGUUACGAACUCUUCGUUUCGUUUAAAUUGUGCCGGUGUUUCAGGGGGGACUAUUGAUCACAAAACUCCUGUUGGAAAUAAAGCCUUGUUUCUCUCAAGGGUCGAUAUCUAUUCUUUUUGUGAGAAAGUUUCUCCACGAGGUUGUAUCAUCUUUUCUCAAAGUCAAACGCGCCUCAGAAAUGUUUAUCUUAAGCUUGAACUCCAUAGAAAAGACCGCAUAAAAUUUAUUCGCGCUAUUAAUGGAUUUCACGUUCGAUUCGCCCGUGCAUGGAAUACUACAUUAGUUUGUCCAAUCAAUUUCCAACCGAUAAUUGCACGAGUUGGUAAAAACAAACGCCUCUCCGCUUUCCAGUGUAAAAAAUGCGAGAAAGGAACAUACACAAUAACAACAGGACAAGUUGAUAUUUUUACAAACAAAACAUCUGUAGUGAUAAAAAAGAAAAAUGGUAUGUGUCAUAAAUGUCCUUUGGGUGGAAAAUGUAAGCAAGUCAUAACAAGCCGCGAUAACUACUGGGGCUUUGUUGACCAUCAAACAAACCAAGUCAGCUUCGUAUCAUGUCCAACAUCGUACUGUUGUUCGAAAUACACCAAUCGGUGUCGUUCCUACGAUACGUGCAAUCACCACCGUGGAGGAUUUUUAUGCGGUUCAUGUUUCACUGCAUAUACGCAGAGUUAUUUCACCGAACAAUGUAUAAAAACCGACCAAUGUCAACCAAAGCUGUUUUGGAUUUUGAAUGUUCUGUAUUGUUUCGUAUAUGUGCUUUUUCUGAUUUACAUCAAUGAUGCUGUCUUUGCAUGCAAGAAAGUAGCCAGCAAAAUAAAAGAAAGAAUAAUUGUUAGUGAAUGUGCUACGCCUGCACACGAAAAAGAAAGUUUUGAAAUGCCCCUGAUAUCUACAAUUUCUACAACUCCAUCCAUAACAAAAGCGACAGAAUAUGAGGAAAUAUUAUCUCGCACAGCCUUGACGUUAUCUGGUAUCAAAAAAAUCUUUUUUUUCUUUUAUCAAAUGCAACUUCUGCUUCACGUAAACACAACACGAAAUGUAGAACAUGGAUUUUUAUACAAAUUAAAAAACUUGAUACAAGACGUUUUCAAUUUCCAAUUAGUCAGCCUAAAACUAUCAACGCUGUGCCCCAUGACAAGCUUGCAACCGUCAACAAAGCAAGUCACGAAACUCAGUACAAUAUAUACAAUGUUUUCAAUUUUAAUAACUUGCUACGCCCUGAAGAAAGCUCUCGAUGUUUACCGACGUAAGCAAGAAAAAAACAAGAUAUAUCCUUCACAGAUAAACAGGGAGGAAGAAAAAGCAAUGAAAACAGAGAAGGCGGAAUCAGGAAAUACACAUUUACCGUUCCAAUUAAAAAUCAAGCAGUGUUUUGUUCAAAUUUUGUUGCUAAGUUACACCUCUUUGGCAAUCUUUACUUUCAAAAUGGUUAAAUGUGUGCAGAUUGAUAAUACGGCCCGUUUGUUUAUACACGCUGAUAUCAUUUGUUACACAUGGUGGCAAUACGCACUUGUCGUAUUUGCUUGUCUCUGGAUAAUCCCGUUUGCUUUUUCUGUGAGUUUAGCAACAAAAAUGUUAAAUGAUAAACGACUGACCAUACGUAUGUUUUACGGCGCACUUCUUUUCCCGCCCUUAUGUUUUUAUAUGUUCGUUACACAAAAACGCAUGGAUAAGAAUUAUCGUAUAACAUAUUCACAGGAUAAAAAGCAAGAGCGGAAAGUACUUUUAAAUAUAUUUGAGGGACCAUUUAAAAGAAAAGCUACUAAAUUCAAAAGGAAUAUAAACUGGGAAGUUGUAAUUAUAUUUCGAAGGUUGUUACUGACAAUCUUGUGCGUGUUUAUUAUUAACCCUGUAUAUAGACUAUUUACAACUUUUCCAGUGCUCAUAACCUACUGUGCUCAUAGCAUUUACGUGAAGCCGUAUUUCACUACGUCUCUGAACAGGCUCGAAGUGGCUUCUUUAUUUGUCUUGCUAAUCUUUAAUGUAACGGACAUGUUGUGGGCGUUUACCUAUGUUAUGGAUUUCACUGACGUACCUGGUUUUGAAGUUCUCACAUUAUGUAUCGUAUGGUUGGAAGACAUCCUGUUGACAUUGCCAUUAGCAGCUGCGUUUGUUGUAGGAUUUUUGGUAAUAAUUCGAGAGAUCAUUUUUUAUUUUAGAAUUAGGUACAGAUGUUAAAACUAGUUGGGAAACUAUGCAUUAACCACGUAACAAUGCUUAUUACCAAUGACAUAUCAGUCUAUCAACUACAGUAGUAGUAGUACUUUAAUUACCGAAAAAAAGUUAAAACCAAGGUCGGUCAACGGUCGAAUCAUUAUGGAAUACCCUCUAAAUAGCGGACAUAAAUUAACCGACAGUCUAAUUAACAGACUUUUUUGUUGUACGAAUAGAACUUUGAUACCGAAUAUUAUGUAAAGAGAACAAAAUACAAAUUUUACAUCAGCAUCGAACAUAACUACUUUUGUCAUUCAUCAUGAUGAUUUCUAGUGUCCAUAAAAAAUAUAGU